CGAGCUGGCUUCCUCCUGGCCGCUCUCGGGGCUGAGCAGGCGGAGGGCGCGGCGGGCGGCGGCGGCGGCGGCGGCGCGGGCUGCGUUCGGCCUCCGGCGGGAGCGAGCGCGGGGGGAGGCCGGCACCAUGGUUUGCAGUCCUGUUAAUGCAAGGUUUCAUGCAUAAAACAUCCCAACGCCACGCCCUCCAGCAGGGUGGCCGCUUCCCCGCCCGGCUGCCCUGUGCCCUGCAGGGCCACACCCAGUGGUGCCCAGGGCUAACUCCUGACUCUGUGCUCAGAGAUUACUCCUGGCUGGCUUGGAGUUCCCUGUGGAUUGCCUAGAAUUAAACCUGGCGUGGCAGUGUGUAAGGGACAUAUUUCAUGAAAAGUGCCAUAGUCUGGAAACCCAAACAUGAGGGUAGCAGGUGCUGCAAAGUUGGUGGUAGCUGUGGCAGUAUUUUUACUGACAUUUUAUGUUAUUUCUCAAGUAUUUGAAAUAAAAAUGGAUGCAAGUUUAGGAAAUCUAUUUGCAAGGUCAGCAUUGGACACAGCUGCACGUUCUACAAAGCCUCCCAGAUAUAAAUGUGGAAUCUCCAAAGCUUGCCCCGAGAAGCAUUUUGCCUUCAAAAUGGCAAGUGGAGCAGCCAAUGUGGUGGGACCCAAAAUCUGCCUGGAAGACCAGGUAUUAAUGAGUGGUGUUAAGAAUAACGUUGGAAGAGGGAUCAAUGUUGCCUUGGUAAAUGGAAAAACAGGCCAACUAAUAGACACUAAAUAUUUUGACAUGUGGGGAGGAGAUGUGGCCCCACUUAUUGAAUUUCUGAAGUUUAUACAAGAUGGAACAAUAGUCUUAAUGGGAACAUAUGAUGACGGAGCAACUAAACUCAAUGAUGAGGCCCGGCAACUCAUUGCUGAACUGGGGAGUACGUCUAUAACUAACCUCGGUUUCAGAGACAACUGGAUCUUCUGCGGUGGGAAAGGCAUUAAGACCAAAAGCCCUUUUGAACAGCACAUAAAGAACAAUAAGGACACCAACAAAUAUGAAGGAUGGCCUGAAGUCGUUGAGAUGGAAGGAUGCAUCCCUCAGAAGCAAGACUAAUGUGAAGAAAAUGGGAGGAUCUGCACUUUGCUCACGGAAAAAAAAAAAACUGUGUAAAUAUUUUAAGAGCAUGCAGCCAUCUCGUUGUGUGCACGAGCAUUAUCUCUUUUGAUAUAAGGAUUAUUUAUUGCUAACGUACAUAGAUAUCUUUGUAAAUAGGUGUUAAAGUAAGCAAAUCACCAAACCACGUCUAAGCACAUUUCCCCGAUAGCGCAAGGUUUAGACUACAACAGUAAACGGCCUAAUUCUAAAAGCAUACUCAAAGUAAUACUGAACAGAUUGUGAAAAUGGGUGGAUAGGUAUGCAGGUUGCUGUGAAAAAUCUUUGUGGUAUUAUUGUGGGCUGUAGGGAGGAAAUUUUGUUUUGUAUGUUGCUUUUUCAAUGAUAGUAUCUUUGAAAUUAAAGAGAAAACUUGACUAGUUGUAUGUGUAAUGUUACGUUGCUGUCUUGACUUCCUUAAUGUACCUCUUUUCUUAGUCUUUUCUUCCCCGACAAGGAAACCAAGAAAUAAAAUGAUAUGAACACAAAAGAGAAGUGAAAAGCACAAUGCAAUUAUUUAGUUAGUGUAUGCAGUAAAUAUGUAAGGUUGGAUGGCAUUCAGGAUAUACCAUGUGGGUUUUGUGUUAGCAAUAUGAAUGACUUGAUUUUGUGUAAACUAUUUUAGGUUCAAGGCUAGAAGUGAAAGUGCCAGAACUAGGGGACCAGGCCAGCCCUCUGCUACAGCCUCAUCACAUCACUCAGGAGAGCUGUGUCGGUAGACAUCGGACUGGCAUAUAAAGCUGUCGUCAGUAGAUGUUGUACUGGCAUACUUAGAUGUCAGCAGCAGUGACCAGGUCAGGCUUUAUGUCACAGGUCACCGUGAUUUUGAUUUGAAACUAAGAAAUUCUUUAUUUGUCUGGCAUCAGAACAGCAACAGCAGUUUUGGUUUGGGGUUUGAUAAUAUAAAGACAGAUUUAGAAAAAUCUAUUAAUUACUGAGAGGACUGAUGGCAUUUAAAAAGUAAAUGAAUUUCUGUUUGGCUCAGAAUAAUUUUAUACCCAAUUCUACAUAAAAGCAUAGGAAACCUAACAUUUUUUGUUAACUUCAAAUGUUCCUUGAAUGAUGUGAGGGUUUUUUUUUGGUUUGUUUUGGCACAUUAGAUACCUGUUGUGUUUGAUGCAUCAUAAACAAACUGGUUUACUAAACACUCAUUUACAAUAAAAGAAAACACUUAAACUUUGAAUCUUAAGUUUUUAGAUGACUUGCGUAAAAAUCCUAAAAGCAGUGUUUCUUAAUUUGUUGUAAACCAAACUGAAGCUAUUCGGGUAUUUCUUAAAUAUUAACAGACUUCGUGGUCCUAUUUCUUCUCUCAGACUGAAUGUGAUUCAUGGAUAAUGCCCCUUACAUGUUUAAACAAUUUUUGUAAGCUUCAUAUUUUUGGUAAUUUUGUGCUAAAUCGCAUCAUGUAUAUUUUGACAAUUUGAAUAUUUCCCUUAAUUCUGUGAUUUCCGUUCUAGGAUUUACAAAAUAAUUCAGUGUUUUUGACAUUGCAAUGUGGGAGAGAGGUAUAUUACCUGGAAAAAUAAUAUACCUAUUGAACUUCAUCUUAAUUUUGUCAAGUAUUUAUUGUGUUGCUUAAAAUGAAAAAUUUAAGUCAUUCCUGUGGCUAACACACUAAUAUACUUAGGAUAUUCCUGAAUAUGUAUAGAAUUAAAGUAUCGCAAGGAAGGAAAUCUCUUUUCAUAUAAAGACUAUAAAAUGAUAGCUUUAUAAAGGUGCAUAAAAGAUUUCUUUUUUAAAUGAACAGAAAUGACUCUGUAAUUGUUUCAUUGCAAUUUGUUUUUGUUUCAGUUCUAUCGUAUAGAUUGUGCCAACUUUGAAAGCAAUAAUUUUACUAUAUUUUGUUUUCCGAUCUUUUUAAAAUCAGCAUUAUAAAUGAAACAAUGCUCAUAAAAUGUUAAGAAUUUUCCUUAUUAAAAUCAGAAAUCUGGUACCUUAAUAGUUGUUCAAGGACUUAUGAAUGUAUACUUUUAAUUUGCAAUAUAGAUGCUUUCCCAGAACAAGUAUAUUAUGAUGUGCCUGUUAAAACGUCAACAGAAAAAUAGAUAGUGUUUGGGGAAUUUUAAAAAUCAAAAUUAAGAUCUUUAUAUUCCUGACUUAAAUUUGAUUAAAGCAAAAUUUAUCGUUAUUCUUGA